CCGGCGGCGCCAUUUUGCCGUGAGACAGCAGCAGGAGGAGAUCUCUGUAGUUACGAUGCUAUCGGCUGCCGGCUAUGUCGAGCCCGCUCUUGGGCUGGGUUGUGAAGUUAAACGGGGCUCUGCCGUUCAGCACCGCUUCUCUCCUUACACCUUCAAUGGCGGGACUAUAUUGGCAAUUGCUGGUGACGAUUUCUGUAUUGUUGCCUCAGACACCCGGCUGAGUGAAGACUAUGCAGUUCAUAGCCGGGACAGUCCAAAAUGCUACAAGCUAACUGACACAACAGUUAUUGGCUGCAGUGGAUUUCAUGGAGACUGUCUUACACUUACUAAAAUCCUUGAAGCAAGGUUAAAGAUGUACAAGCAUUCCAAUAACAAGACAAUGAGUUCAGGUGCCAUUGCAGCCAUGCUUUCUACAAUCUUAUAUUCACGUCGCUUCUUCCCUUACUAUGUUUACAACAUAAUUGGUGGACUGGACGAAGAAGGGAAGGGUGCUGUCUACAGCUUUGAUCCAGUAGGCUCCUACCAGAGAGACACUUUCAAAGCUGGUGGAUCAGCCAGUGCCAUGCUCCAGCCUCUGCUGGACAACCAGGUUGGUCUCAAGAACCUGCAAAAUGUGGGACAAGUAUCUUUGACCUUGGAAAAGUCUUUGCAGCUAGUAAAGGAUGUCUUUAUUUCUGCUGCAGAAAGGGAUGUAUACACUGGGGAUGCACUAAAAAUCUGUGUUAUCACAAAAGAUGGAAUUAAAGAAGAAUCUGUUCCCUUGCGGAGAGACUAAAUCGGUACACUGUUCAGUUAAAGAUCUUCAGUGUUUCACUGUAAUUUUUAUGUUUACUACAUGAUAACAUUUGAUAUAUUAAAAUAAGUACCAGA